CAUGGCUUCCUUUACUCUUUCGUCCCCAUGCCUUGCCUUCUCGUCUUCUUCUUCAUCAUCAUCUUCCCACUCGUCGACUUCCCCUCUCUUCUUCUCCGCCCCAUCCCAGCUUCUGGCCCACAAGAAACGUAACCAAACUAGGCUCAGAGUUUCAUGCAAAUCCAAUAAUAGCCCUAAUAAUAAUAACAGCAGUGACGAUGCGGCCUCGGCCUCGGCCGCUUCAAGGAUUAUUGACCGGAGAAACGUUCUUCUCGGCCUCGGGGGGCUCUACGGCGUUACCAAUCUCGCCGGCAGCCCUUUUGCCUCGGCCGCAGAUGUGGACGUGGCCAUUCAUUACCCGAAUGUAAGCAAAUGUCAUUACCCCAGCGAUGUGCCGCCUAACGCUGACAUCACUGGCACGUGCUGCCCCCCUGUGCCGACGGAUGACGUGCAGGACUACGUGAUUCCCACCGGCGACCCGAUGCGCAAAAGAGUUCGGGCACAAUUCGCCUCCGAGGAAUAUAUAAAAAAGUACGAAGCCGCCCUUACAAUAAUGAAGAACCUGGACCCGACUCACCCCCACAGCUUUCCUCAACAGGCCAACAUUCAUUGCGCUUACUGCAACGGCGGUUAUCAACAAUUCGGUUUCCCCUCCCAAGAGAUCCAAAUUCACAACUCCUGGCUCUUCUUCCCCUUCCAUAGAUGGUAUUUGUACUUCUUCGAGAAGAUCUUGGGAAAGCUGAUUGAUGAUCCCACCUUCGCCCUGCCUUAUUGGAAUUGGGACAACCAAAGCGGCAUGACCACGCCCAGUAUGUUCUUGCCCACAACUUCUCCGCUCUAUGAUGUCAACCGUAAUCCAAACAACUAUUCUACGAGCGUCGUUGAUCUCAAUUACAAAGGGCAAGACAGAGGUCUGACCAACGAUGAACUGAUCGCGGAAAACUUAGUGGCAGUUUACCGUUCGAUGGUGACACAUGCGGGCACUGCGGAGAGCUUCAUGGGAGCUAAGUACGUGACGGGUACCGCACCUAGCCCGGGGCAAGGGUCCGUGGAGAAUAUACCUCAUACUCCGGUUCACAGAUGGGUUGGGGACUCUGUGAACCAGCCAAACGGUGAGGACAUGGGCAAUUUCUAUUCAGCCGGUCGAGACCCCUUGUUUUACGCUCACCAUGCCAACGUGGACCGCAUGUGGGCCAUCUGGCAAAAAGUGCUCGGCGGACAGGAGUUCACCGAUGAUUCCUGGCUUAAUGCUUCCUUCUUAUUCUACGACGAGAAUGGGCAGGCCGUCCGGGUCUACGUCAAAGAUUGUAUUGAUAACACUGCUAUGGGGUACGAUUACGACUACUCCUCCCUUCCGUGGCUGAGGAGCAAGCCUUCCCCGGUAAACACGGCCGGAGCGGCGGCCGCCUCGAAUGCGCCGUUUGUGACGGAUGUGUUCCCGGUGAAACUUGACAAGGUGGUUCAGGUGAAGGUGAGCAGGCCCAAGACUUCCAGGACUAAGGCGGAGAAGGAGAAGGAAGUAGAGGAACUAGUGAUUGAUGGGAUCGAGGUGGCGACGGAUCAGUACUCCACGUUCGACGUGUACCUGAACGACGCUGACCAGCCGGACGGCGGGAAAGACAAGGCUCAAUAUGCUGGAGGAUUUGCUCACUUGCCGCACAAGCAGGAAAGUAGCUCGACCAUGAAGACGUCGUUGACGUUGGGACUGAACGAUUUGCUGGAGGAUUUGGGCGCGGAAGACGACGACACCAUUCUGGUGACUUUGGCUCCCCAACUCGGCGGCCCCGUCGUCAAUGUGGAUAGCAUCAGGAUUCAGUACACUGCGCGAUAAAAAUCCAUCAGAGCUAAUCCACUCAUAAUAUUGAGCGAUUCGUCGUCGUCAGUCUGUGUCUUUGGUUUGUGUUACGUUAGUUAUGGUUUUCGAGUUUUAAUGUGGUUGGUUGUGUUCAAUAAUCACGUAGUAAUAUGUAGCUAAUGCUUGCUAUGAGAUAUUCAUAUCAGCAGCCGUUGCUACUACUACUCCUAUCCUCAAUAAACUUUUACAUGCAAUGCAUUCAUAUUUGAUCCAA